CUAUCUUUCGAGACUGUACACACACUGAAUUGGCUUCCUCGAUCGGCCAUUUGCCAGAUCUGACUUUCAAACUGUUUAAAAGCAAAAUUUUAGUCAUAAAAAGAGUUCAUCUUCGAGUGUCCCGGCCCGUCUCAAACGUAACGGUGUGAAAAUGUAAUCGGAAGAUACAAUGAAAGCAUUUGUGAGAAUGGAAUAUGCCCAUGAAUACUAUCUUAGUCUUUAAGACUUUGGUUUUUGCAUUGCCCUGCCAAAGAGAACUGAGAGCCAAUGUUUCCAAACCAAUCUAGUUCAGAUGAGAUUUCUUCUAAAAUUAAUGCCUUUGUACAAAUUAACGAUGAGGAUCGCGAUGGAGAUGUGAUAGGUGUGGCGCAGCCUCACAUUUCCAUCUGUCCUUCAUUUCAAGUGCCUGAAAAAAGGGACAAAAUGGUGGUGGUGAUUGGGGAAAGUGGAGUGGGAGAACACCCCAGCCUGACUGUGAUAGCCUGCCAUCCGUCCCAAGCGCCCGCCAAGGUUCCUUGUGCAAUAAGCAAAAGUGAAUCUGACGGUUCUUCCAUGAUGUUAGGAGCAGAGAGAAAACAAACGGGUGCUCUUUGCUUUGAUAGCAUUAAGUCGUCUAGUAACUCUAAUAAUAAUAUUAAUAAUAAUGAUAGUGAAGUUAGUUGUAAGGUUUUAAAUAAUUUAAUUGAUAAAAAAACAAAACAGAGUUCAACUCUACAGAACAUUCCACAAACCAACGAUUAUGCUGAAUUUCCAAGCUUUAAAAUCUGUGAUUAUUACAGUCGAUGGGGGAUACCACGAUGUUUUAAACUGCUGGGGGGAGGGGAAAGUGCACUAACAGGUACAGAUGGUUGGGGAACACCACCAACCAGUCAGAGUGGGACCACAGGUUGGACUUCUGGGAGCACUGGCCAACAGUCCACACAGGGGUCACAACAAGGAGGAGGAAACAAUAAUAACAAUAACAAUAGUAGACAAGGGCAGUCUGGCUCUGGAGUUGUUCAGCAAGCACAAGGGGGGCCACCUAGUCAAACCCAGGUCCCUGCUACUACAACGGCUCCAAACAGUACUUCAGCAAAUGUCAACACAUCAACAUCGACAAAUUCAAACAGUUCGUCUGGCAAUAGCAGCUCAACUGCAGCAAAUCAGCAGACUGCAGUCAGCCAAAAUGGUACAACUGGUCAAAGUGGAACACAGACUGGAACUGGAGGGAAUACAGGAAGCACCAGCUGGGCAGCUGCUACAGCAGGAAAAGGAGGUCUCCCUUCUCAGCAGACCACUCCGACAUCUAAUCCCUCAAACAGUUCUAAUUCAACAAAGCAACAGAUGGAACAACUUAACACUAUGAGGGAAGCUCUUUUCAGUCAAGAUGGAUGGGGAGGACAAAACGUUAACCAAGACAUUGUCUGGGAUAUCCCAGGAUCUCCAGAACCAGGAAAUAAAGAAAACAACAAUGCUGCUGCUGUGCCCAUUUGGAAGCUGCCCAUAAAUAAUGGAACUGAUCUUUGGGAAGCCAAUUUACGAAAUGGAGGAAUUCCACCUCCUCAGAACCAAGCUCAGAAGACUGCAUGGGGACAUACUCCGAGUAGUAACAUAGGAGGUACUUGGGGAGAAGACGAUGAAAUGGACACUUCAAACUUUUGGACUGGAGUUCCAGCAGCUGGUACGGCUCCUCAAUGGCCCAAUCAACCUCCCCAGAUUUGGCCUGCAGGGACAGCAAAGAAAGAGGGUGAAUGGGGAGGUCCCAACUGGAAUGAUCAAAGAGGAGACCCCAGAGAUAUCCGUCAUGGAGAAAUGCGUCAAAUGAUUGACACACGUGAAAAUAUGCGCCCAGGCAACAUGGACAAUAGAUCAAUUGGCAACAAUGAUGUGCUCAUGAGAGGAGACCAUAGAGGGGGAAUCACUGGCCGUCUCAACGGUGUGCCCAAUGAUGCCAUGUGGCCAACAGGCCCUGGUCCACAUCAUCACAUCCCUCACCAUCAAACAAAACUUCCUAAUCAUCCCAGCCAACCUGGUGUUAACCAAUGGUCUGGAGGUGGUGGCCCACCGAUAAAAGAAAUGAGCCUUGGUGGUAAAUCAGGGUGGGAGGAACCUUCACCUCCAGCACAAAGAAGAAAUAUGCCCAAUUAUGAUGAUGGAACAUCUCUAUGGGGUCAGCAGCAUUCUAGACCCACAUUACCAGGACAAAACAAAGUCUCACAUUGGAAAGAGAUGCCUGCAACAGGAAUUGGAAGAGGCUUACAAUGUCCUCCUGGGCGUGGUAAUCCUAAUAUGAAGCCUGAUCAACCUAUCAUCUGGCCACACCAUCCAAGAAAUGGCGGAUGGGGUGAAGGAGGUAUUGACGUGAAUGCUGGACCUUGGGCUGAUGACAAACCAGCACCUUGGAUGGAUCAAACACUCACACCAUCUUCUUGGCAGAGUGGGCCAAAGCAUAAACCAAGCUGGGAUGGGGAAAUUGAUCCGUCCUCAUCCUGGGUUGGACACACCACUAAACCACCAUCCAAAACUAUUUCAAAAGAGAUGAUCUGGGGAAGUAAACAAUACAGAAUGCUUACUGACAUGGGAUUUAAGAAAGAGGAUGUUGAGAAUGCAUUACGAGCAUCUGGAUUGGUUUUGGAAGACGCUUUGGAACAAUUAAAUGCUACAAGAAACGAGCGCUGGAGACACUCUGAUUUGGAUCCUGAACACCCUAUAAUCAAUUACCCGUCACCACAACCUACAAUAUGCAUUCCUUUUCAAGCGAAUGGUGGCGGAGGCGGUAGUGCGAGUGGUGGAGCUGGUGGAAAUGUACUGAAUAAUAGCAAUCCAAGCUUGGCCACAAUAAGCCCUGCUAUUAUGCAAAAAUUACUCAGCCAACAACCUCCUCCUCAGCAGCAACCACCCUUUACUCAACAGUCCUCUCGUACUCAGCAGACACAACAGCCGACUGCCCAACAACUAAGGAUGCUUGUUCAACAAAUUCAAAUGGCAGUUCAAAACGGAUAUUUGACUCCUCAGAUAUUGAGUCAGCCCCUUGCCCCACAAACGUUGAUUCUUCUGAAUCAGUUGCUGCAGCAGAUUAAAAAUCUUCAACAGUUAAUGCAACAUCACACUGUAAUACUUAACCCACUGAACAAGCCGACAUCGUCAAACCAGCUUUUGCAAAUAACUGUCCAAAUAACAAAGACUAAACAACAAAUCGGCAAUUUGCAGAAUCAAAUUGCUGCCCAACAGGCAAUUUAUGUUAAGCACCAACAGCAAACUCCUCAGUCGAGUGAAUUUUUCAAAACUCCGAUUCAUGAAACAAUGUCCUCGACAUUACAUUCCAAUUUUUCGGACUUGACUUUGAAAGACCCGCAGUCUGGAACAACAGGACAACAGUCACGAUUGAAUCAAUGGAAACUUCCUGCAUUGGACAAGGACUCUGAAAUGGGAACAGGUAAUGAAUUUAGUCGAGCUCCAGGUUCAACUGCCAAACCAGCUCCAGGAAACUCAUCUCCUAAUAUCAAUCCACUCCUCGGACAACCUGAUGGGACCUGGUCAUCAGUAAAUAGAACCAAUUGUGAUACUGGAUGGCCAGAUUCUGGUGGUGAUGAUAAUUCGUCCAAAGAUUGGCCAACCACUACUCAAUCUUCACAAUCGUUCUCAGAUCUUGUUCCAGAAUUUGAACCUGGAAAACCUUGGAAGGGGAACCCACUAAAAAGUAUUGAGGAUGACCCCAGUAUGACUCCAGGGUCAGUGGCCAGACCUCCUUUGUCCAUUCCUCCAAUCAAGGAUUCUCAUAUAUUAUCAUCGAGUUCAUCAGUAACAGGGAAAGCAUCACCAACAACAAGCAGCUCGAUUGAAAUCAUGCCUCAGAUACCAUCUUUGAGUCUUUCUUCAUCCACUUGGAGUUUCAACCCUCCUGUAUCUAGCACAAGUGAUAUGUUUGACAGUGGUCUAAGUAAAUUAAGUGGUGGCAAAGGAACUGUUUCCGCUGGUGUUACUUCUUCAGGCUCUGCUGGUAGUAGUGGCACUACAUCUUGGGGAGAAUCGGGCACUGGUUCAUCCGUGCAAACUUCUUCAAGCAGUGAAUUAUGGGCUACUCCAAAGCCUAGAGGGCCACCUCCAGGAUUGCCAGCUAAACCACAAUCUCAGGGAAGCCAAGGAGCACCUUCACAGCCUAGUGGCAGUAGUGGACAAGCGAGCAAUGGGUGGCUCUCCUCAAGAUGGGGAGGACCACAGGCAUCUUGGCCGCAGCCAGCUGGCGGAUCAACUUGGCUUCUGCUUCGUAACCUCACACCACAAAUUGACGGUUCUACAUUGAAAACACUUUGCCUUCAGCAUGGCCCCUUACAAAGUUUUCACUUGUACCUGAAUCAUGGCAUAGCCUUGGCCAAAUAUUCGUCACGAGAAGAAGCUAGCAAGGCACAAGGGGCUUUGAAUAAUUGCGUUUUGGGCAAUACAACAAUUUUUGCUGAAAGUCCAAGUGAGAGUGAUGUCUUGUCACUACUGCAGCACUUGGGCCAUAGCACUGGCCAGCAAAGUGGAAAUGGCGGUGCUGCCUGGAGACCAACAAAAGAAUCUUGGCCCGGAACAAGUAACUCCCAGUUAUGGGGGGGAACAAGUUCUGGUAGUGGGUCAACAACUGCCUCACUUUGGGGUGACUCGUCUGACCAGCAUAGAACUACACCAUCGUCCAUCAAUUCCUUCCUUCCAGGUGAUCUUCUUGGUAGUGAGUCCAUUUAAGAGAAAAAUGGAUAGAUUCCCCUCUUUUAUGUACAAAAAAAGGAAAAUUUUAUCCUUCAAUCUGAUCUCAAAAAUAUACAUGACCUGGUUGUAAUUUUAUGAUUAUUCUAAUUACUAUUAUUAUUAUCCUCUUUAUCCUUAAUAUAUUUGAAGCGACAAGUUCCUGUCGUCUACAAUCAGACUGUAUGAGUAUUUGUGAAUAAUUUAUACAAAAAAAGCUAUUUUAUAAAAGAUUGAUACUAGUGAGCAUGGUUAUUGUGUUUUGUUUGUUUAUUUUUGAGUUUAUUUUGCUUUUAUCAGUAUGAAGUUACAACAAAUUUGAUUUGACAUACACUGUAGUAGUAUUUAAGAAAAACUAUAUUGUAUAAAUGGUUGUCUCAUAUUUAGCUUGGUAGUUAUCCCUUUUGUCACAUUGUUUUUAUUUUUAUAAGUCACAAUGCGGUGUAUAUGGUAUAUAAAUAUUGAUUUUUUUUCUUCUUGGACGCAUAAAUGGGACAUUAAAUAAUAUUUGCUAUCAUUAUGUAGGUUGUGCACCUUCAGUCUAAUAUGAGUGUGUAAUCUAUAUACAUAUAUAUAUUAAUUAUAUAUAUUUUGAAAAUAACAUUGUGCUGUGAGCAAGCAAGUGGCUUUUAGUGUGUAUUUUUAAUCUUCUCUAAUAUGGUCUCAUAAUUGGCUACAUUUUUAUUUCUAAUACAAAUUUUGACUUAGGUAAUGCGAAUUUAUGGUACAAAGUGUCGGAUUUUUGGUCAGUUAGAUUUUCUGAUAAUGGGGGAAGCAAGGAAAGAGUGAUCUUGUGCGUCUUCCACACAUCUUUUGAACAAAAUUUAAUAAUGAAAAGACACUUUAUAAUAUAUUAUCUGUGUUAUUAAAAUUUUAAACAUGUUUGAACGUAAACAGCGCUGACCCGUCCUAAUCCCCUAACCACCUGGCCACUCCGGGUCCUGAUAUAUAUCUUGUUAUACACUAAAGAUUUCAUUAUAGUCUGAUUAUUGAAAUAAUGUGAAAGUUGAAUUGCCAAGUUUUAGUUUCUCGAUUAAAUUUGUUAGAUUUAAUUAAACUGUACAUUUAUUAUAGAUGUGCUUUACUAUUCUCUUGAAAUUGCCAAUAAACAUCAACCAAAUAUUACGUUUAGGAGAAUUUAACAAUAUAACAAAUGAAAGCUUGUGUUUUUAUAGAACUAAGUAAAUAAAUAAAUAUAGUAAAAUUAUUGAUUGGAAAAGUUAGUUUAGGUUUAAGACAUAUAACAUUUUAAGUCAAUAGGUAUAGGGAUGAUUAUUAUAUUUACUAAAUAAAAAAAAAUAAAAAUUAAAAAAUUUAAAAAAAAAUUGAUGUAUUGUUAAUGGGAAUGGAAACGUUAUAUUUUAUGGCAUAAGAUGUUAAAAAGGUUUCCAUUGCAAUAAAAUUACCAAUGUCUAGAUAGACACUGAUUACUUAAGGGUGCAGACAAAGUCUUUUAGUUAAAAAAAGAAAAGAAAAGAAAAUUUAAAAAAAGUGUAUUUUAGUGCUCUUACAAAUUCAAUCUCUGGUCUUCGGUCAACUUUGUGGCCUGUUUUGCUCACACACCUAAACUCCUCUCGUAUUGUGAUAAUAUAUUGACUCUUAUAAUAUAUAUAUAUUAAAAUUUGUGUAAUAAAAUAAAAAUGGAGAACUGGCAGGACACCGGCACACACACACAAACGGUAACUUGUCAAUUUGUGCUCGUGAUUACUAAUCAAGUGAUAUGUUCACAAUUCACAUGGCUGUAUCCCAUAA